AUGGCGGUAGUGACACCGGACAUCAUCGAAAUCGCUAACCUCCUCAAACGAGAGCGCUACUACCGCGACACAGGCCAGUGGUGCCUGUGCCGAGCUGCUUUCCAUCCUGAUCCGUCGAGAACACAUAUUAAUGUUGCAUGGUAUGCGGGUCAAGUUGAGGAGUUUGUCCACCAAUCUGCCAAAAUUCACCAAGGCAAAGUAAAUAUCAUCCACUCUUCUUUUGAUCCAGUCGAUAUCCGCGUCAAGGGUCGCCGUGCCACCAGCGAGGCAUUCUGCAUGAUCACUAGCUCUAUUUCAUUGCAUGGUGUUGACUAUGAGCUAUCCUCCUACAUCCGUCUCGCAAGCCGUCUUGAAAAAUAUCCAGGAGAAGCAGAUAAGAAUUCCAAUGCUGGACCAGGCUCAGACCAGUGGCGCAUGCUAAGCCUCGAAGCCAUCUAUGUCCGUGACCGACUCGUCCGCGCCUUCCCGGACCUUGGCGGAGACGCGCCCGCUCCAUGCUCUUUGGCAGAACAAGCAGAAGUGGAAGGUUACCCUCGAAGCUAUCGGAAUAUGGCACUGGUCAUGUUGAAGCGGGGUCUUAGUCCUCGCCCGGAUCUUCCCAACGAGGACGACCAAGAGAGUGUACGGAGGGUGCUUCGUCGGAAUCAAGAGUUUCUUGAUGGCGCUGAGUAG